AUGGCCUCAUUCGUGCCCCCAUCUGUCGACAACCCGACCAAGCCAAUCGUCAACUCUACGGUGACCUUGUCAUUUCCGUUCUCCCCAACAGACUAUACCAUCCGUCCGCUGCGCCGCUCCGACUAUAGCCGAGGCUACCUCGAUGUCCUGCGUGUGUUGACUACUGUCGGUGACAUCGCCGAGGAAGAGUGGAACCAGCGCUACGACUGGAUCAAGUCUCGCAAUGAUGAGUACUACAUGCUUGUCGUUUGCGAUGGUCAGGACCGUGUUGUCGGAACCGGAAGUCUGAUUGUGGAGCGCAAGUUCAUUCACUCGCUCGGCUUGGUGGGCCACAUCGAGGAUAUCGCUGUUGAGGCCGGCCAGCAGGGAAAGAAGCUGGGGUUGCGCAUUAUCCAGGCUUUAGAUCAUGUUGCAGCCCAGGUCGGCUGCUAUAAGAGUAUCCUCGAUUGCUCCGAAGCGAACGAGGGCUUCUAUGUUAAGUGUGGCUUCAAGCGCGCUGGCCUAGAGAUGGCCCACUACUACUAA